GUCCCUCCAGUCGGUCUAUCGCAUCAGCUGCAGGAAAGGCGGUCAAAGUAGCCGCUGGGAGAAGCAGCACGGGGUAAUAUUUGGAAAGCAAGGGGAGAGAAUACUAUCCGCUCCUGACGGUCAACUUCACCGCACCUGGAUCGUUCUUAUUUUUACUUAGGACAUAACUGGAAACGUAAAAGUGUCUUGUUUUUUUUCUUCUUAACUUUAACAAAAUGACUGGUAGCCCAGUGACAGGGCUGCUGGUUGCGCUGUGCGUAAGCAGCGCGGUCCAUUGUAUGCCAAAGAACCAAGGGAAAAACAAGAGACAAGCUCAGGAACAAGUUUACCCCGAACUCGCAGACACAGUACCCCUUGCUCAAGGCUGCGAUGAGAACGGACAUUCUUACAGACUAAACGAUCAAUGGGAGAAGGCUUACCUUGGGAGUACACUGCUUUGUACCUGCAACGGAGCGGCAGGGAUCAAAUGUAAAACAAAACCCCAAGGGGAGGAGACCUGCUAUGACAAAUACAACGACCAGACGUACCCUGUGGGUGCGACCUACGAGAGGGCGAAGGACGGCAUGAUGUGGGACUGUACCUGCAUCGGUUCCGCCCGCGGCAAAAUCAGCUGCACAAUCGGAAACCGCUGCCACGAGGGAGGCAGAUCCUAUAAAAUCGGGGACACUUGGAGAAGGCCCCACGAGACCGGCGACUACAUGCUGGAUUGCGUCUGUCUGGGAAACGGCAAGGGAGAGUGGACCUGCAAACCCGUGUCGGAGCGUUGCUAUGACAACACGGGCGGAGCGUCCUACGUGGUGGGGCAGACCUGGGAGAAGCCGUACCAAGGCUGGAUGAUGAUCGACUGCACCUGUCUGGGGGAGGGCAACGGACGCAUCACCUGUACCUCUAGGAACCGUUGUAAUGACCAGGACACCAAGACCUCCUACCGCAUCGGAGACACAUGGACCAAGACAGAUGCUAACAGACACCAACUCCAGUGUCUGUGUACAGGAAAUGGCAGAGGAGAGUGGAAGUGUGAGAGACACUCUGCCACUACUGGCACAGGUGUUAGUACAGGAACAGGUGUAGGAACAGGUACAGGAAGUACUCGUGUGACCAUCCAGACGGAGCUCCACCAGCCCUCCACCCUCCCCGAACCCCCCCAGGAGGGGGCUUGUCGCACGGACUCGGGCACCACCUUCCACGUGGGGAUGCGCUGGAUCAGGACGCAGGGCAGCAAACAGAUGCUGUGUACCUGCCAGGGUACUGGGGCCGUCAGCUGUGAGGAGAAGGAGGGCCAGAGCCAGGUGUACGGUGGGAACUCAGAAGGCCAGGCCUGUGUGUUCCCCUUUGUGUUCAUGGAUAAGACCUACUACUCCUGUACCUCAGAGGGACGUACUGAUGGACAGCUGUGGUGCAGCACCACCUCUGACUACCAUAGAGACCAGCAGUACUCCUUCUGUACCGAGAAGAACUCCCUGGUGUCGACCCGAGGGGGUAACUCCAAUGGUGCCCUGUGCCAGUUCCCCUUCCUCUACAACGGGCGUAACUACACUGACUGUACCGCCGAUGGGCGCCGCGACAGCAUGAGGUGGUGCGGUACCACAACCAACUACGAAGGAGAGCAGCGCUACGGAUUUUGCCCCAUGGCUGCCCACGAGGAGGCCUGCACCACCAACGACGGGGUCAUGUACCGUGUGGGAGACCAGUGGGACAAACGCCACGAUGUCCUGGGUCACAUGAUGCAAUGUACCUGCUUGGGCAACAACCGCGGAGAGUGGAGCUGCAUCGCCUACUCCCAACUCAAAGACCAGUGCAUUGUGGAUGGGCUGACCUACGAGGUGAGCCAGACCUUCACCAAGCGCCAUGACCAGGGCUACAUGAUGAAUUGCACCUGUUAUGGACAGGGACGUGGGCGCUGGAAGUGCGAUGCCAUCGACCAGUGCCAGGAGCCUGAGAGCAGGGUGUUCUAUCAGAUUGGAGAGACCUGGGACAAAACCAUCCACCAAGUCCUCUACCGCUGCUAUUGCUAUGGCAACGGUAUUGGUGAGAUGAGCUGCGAGCCACAGCAGACCUUCCCAGGUGGCCACCGCCCAGUCCAGGUGAUUAUCACAGAGGCAGGGAAGCAGCCUGACUCCCACCCCAUCCAGUGGAACGCCCCUGCCUCCUCUCACAUCACCCAGUAUAUCCUCAAGUGGAGAGUGGUAAGUGGCUCUCUACUGCUCAUCCUAGAUAAUGGCCAUUGGUGGUAGUGCAGCCACACUAUU